CAGAUCAUCUUCUAUGAGGACAGAAAUUUCCAAGGUCGCUCUUAUGAGUGUAACUCUGAAUGUCCAGACCUGUCUUCAUACUUUAGGCGGUGCAACUCCAUCCGUGUAGAAAGUGGAAACUGGAUUCUGUAUGAACAUCCCAACUACAGAGGACACCAGUACUUCCUUCACAGGGGAGAAUAUCCAGACUUCCAGCAAUGGAUGGGCUAUAAUGAUUCUAUUAGGUCUUGUCGUCUGAGCCCCCAGUCACAGCAUCAGGGUUUAUUCAGAAUCAGGAUUUAUGAAAGAGAAGACUUCAGAGGUCAGAUGAUGGAGUUCACUGAAGAUUGUCCAAAUGUCUAUGAGAGAUUUCGUUACCAUGAUAUCCACUCUGUUGAUGUACAAGAUGGAUACUGGAUGUUCUAUGAGGAGCCCAACUACAGAGGACGUCAGUAUUACUUGAGACCUGGAGAGUACAGGAGAUUCAGUGAAUGGGGAGCCAGUCAACCAAAAAUCGGUUCCUUCAGAAAAGUCCACCACAGCUAUUAA